CUAUAUUUUUUCUUUAGAUAAUAUCCAACAUGAGACCAUCUUUAGUAAGAUUAGUUAAACCCCGUAGACCAGAGCGUAAGACUGCUGCAUUGUAUCCUCCUUUGGAACUUUACAAGCGUAUUCUUAGGGCCCAUGCUAUCAAGUUACCUGUUGAGUUAAGAAGUUUAGGAGAUCAAUACGUCAAGGCCGAGUUUAAAGCCCAUCAAAAAAUUGAUAAUCCACUUCAUAUCGUUGGAUUCUUGACCCAAUGGCAAGAUUACUUGAGAAGUAUCGAUGGUGGAGAUUGGGUAGAUGGAAAGUUAUCUAAGCAAGAAUUAGACAAGAUGUCUCCAGAACAAGUUGGACAACUUUAUGAGUUGAUGAAGGAAGCCAAGAGAAUUGAAGAAGAAUAGUUUGAGAGAAGUGAAGUAGAAUAGUUUCGAUAUAAAUGAGGGUGGUAUUCGAAUUGUAUAUAAUAAUGAAAGUUAAAACGUAUUGAAAAU